AUGGGAACGAAAUUCUCUUCAGCUGUUGGUAAUUCCAUUGGACAAAAUGAUUUUCUGAAUGAUUUGUGUGGUGCAGAACCUAUUCGGAAUCAUGAUGAAUUCUGGAAUAAGUUUGCGUUUUCUUCUCUUUUAUCCAUAUCUCAGGCCAUUAUUUCGGAACAAUCAUCAUCAUCCGAGAGCAUUUCUUCCAUUGGAAAGGUAGCUCGUGCUGUUUCGUCUUCAUCGGUUUUAAAUGUUGGAGAUUAUUUUCCUCUAUCGUUGCUUCAUCCAGAAAUAAUGGAAAAACAUUUAUUUAAAUAUGCCUCAUUGAUGCAAACGAAUAAUUUGAACACCGGAUCACUUGUUUCAUUCAUGCUGACUCUCUCACAGUGGCUACUUAAUCGAGUCAAUGCUGGACAAUCUGAAGAAAACAACAAUGAAACCUCAACAACGGUAGAUCGAGAAUCCAUUCUUGUCACGUGCAAUGCAUUCGUGAUUUUCAGAUUUUUAAUUCACCGUAUUAUCAUGGAUUGUGAAAAUAAUUCAGAUUUUCUUAAAGCUCAUUUGUAUCAUUUACCUCCAGGAUUCAAGCUCUCUCCAAAUAUUUAUGAAAAUUAUUGCUACAUUGAUGAAGAAACAAAUCCUGAAUAUGAAAUUGAACAAAAUAAGCGAAUCUCCUCUCCAUUAGUGGCCAGAGUCUUCAUGGAGUCUGCUCUCUUAUUUUUAAGCGAAUCUAGAGUGACCAUUCACAAUUAUUUAUUGCAUUUGGAAGUAAUGAACUGUCUACUAGUACUGUUUAGUACCUCCCUGUACGGAGGAGUAAUGAAUGAAUUGGAAGAAGAAAAUGAAAUUAUUGGAAGAAUUAAGGAGUCGGGACGAGAGCACAAUAUUUUCUUAGAGGAAGCCAUUCACAUCAUGAAAACGAGAAAACAUUUCAAAUCCAAUUGUGUAUCAUUUAGUCCUAAUCGACUGAUUCACACCUUUUUACAAAAUCACAUCAUUUAUAGAUUGUCAAAAAAAGAAGCCUCUCCAUUUCAAAUAUCCAUUCGCUCGACUCUACAGAAAAUAUUUACAAAACUUGGAGAAACAGCCACAUCAAUUCUAUAUCUUCCGUAUAAUGCCUACAGAAAUCUAUUUUACAAAGAAACGAAAGAAAUGGAAUACAGUGAACGAUUAAGCGAAAUGCUUCCUGAACUUUUAGGACGAAGAAGUAUUAUGAAUUUGCUGCUCUUGAUUUUCUAUCGAAAAAACGAUAACUCUAUCACCAAUCCCUAUCUUUCUCUCUUUUCUACUUUGCAAAAUUCUGAUGACUCCCUCAGUUCUCACAAGUUGUGGAACUAUACUGAUUAUACUUCUGUCGAGUAUGAACCAAGAAAAGAUGUGACAGAGGCUACUGGAAUUUCAUUUGAAAAAUUGUAUUCAUCACUUGUGAGAGAUUUUGAAGAAGAAGAAUGUACAGUACUGACCUAUGUCCUUCUGCAUGAAAACAAAUCAUUCAGAGAGUUUGUUCUCUCGAGAGGAGAUCCUGAAACGAUAUUACUUCCUCUUCUUCACAAAAUUUACAAUUCCAAAACAGAAAGAGCCAAUCAUGUGUACACAUUGCUGAUUGUUCUCACCUUACUGACUCAGGAUUCAUUAUUUGUAAUCAACACUCACAAACAAGUCAUUUCAUCAGUUCCAUGGUUUACAGAGAGGAUUUUGGAUGAGAUUCGACUUGGAAGUUUGAUUGUUGCAGUCUUAAUAUCACUUAUUCAUUAUAAUAUUACACACCAGAAGGACAUGUAUUUGAAUAGUUUUUGUUUGGCAAUUAUUUCAAAUUCAGGUCCCUAUUUCUCAAAUAUGCAUACCUAUACUGCUCAAAGAAUGAUCACACUCACGAGAUUGUUAACCUUAAAGUAUGAAAAAGUGAGUCUUUCAGAGAAGACUGAAGAAAAAGAAACCUAUUUAUCACUCUUAAAACUCAUAUUGGAAACUAUUAAUUGUAUACUCACCACAAACAAGGAAGGUGGCUUGCGAAAAAAUCUGAGACUUGUUUAUGAGUUGCUAUAUCAACGACGAGUGGUCAAAAAACUCGAAGACCUUGGGAUUUGUAGAGAUUUCGUUCACAACCUUAAGAUUAUCAUUGAGUAUUUUGAUUUGAAAAUUUCAAAUAUUUUGAAUAUUGAACUUGGAAAGAUUUCAUCAGCAACGACAACGUCAUCUGUGAGUAGUAGUGGCAGUAAUAACGAUCCUAAAAUGACAACCUCCCACCUUUCUCCAUUAGAUUUGAAUUCCUCUGGUGAUGUGUUUGAGGAAUAUCUGGAUCUGUCGCAGAAAGAAACACGAAACUGGAGUUCAGAAACCUACAUGGAAAAUAUUUUAAAGGCAUCUCAAUUUUGGACACUAAGUAAGGCAGAGCAACACUUAAAGAUCAUUCCAUUCUUUACGUCGCAGUUUUCUGAAGAUGCAGAAUCUGAAUCAUUCUUUAUUGGAUACAUGUGGAAUAUUAUAGCACGGUUUUGCGAGUCGCUCUCAUUGACUCUUCCUUAUGAUGACGAGGAACAUGCUCAGCACAACGAUGAAUCAAUCCAAGUCACAACUCUUUGA